CACAAGUCACAACUCACAACUCACAACUCACAACUCAACUCAACAACAACACUUGUUCAUUCUUUCUUUUUCUUUUCUCACCAUUCAAACAAUUAGGGUUGUAUGUAAUAACUCUCAUUUCUUUCUUCUUCUUUUUCUUCUUCAGUUUCACAUAACAGCCAUGACUACAGAACUUCUUCAAAUCGAACCCGCCGACCUCCGAUUUCUCUUCGAAUUAAAGAAACAAAGUUCAUGCUUGGUUCAACUCCGGAACGCCACUCAUCACUAUAUUGCUUUUAAGGUAAAAACGACGUCGCCCAAGAAAUAUUGCGUCAGGCCCAACAUUGGCAUCAUCAAGCCCAAUCAAAAAUCUGAUUUUACUGUUACUAUGCAAGCUCAGCGCACGGCACCGCCUGAUAUGCAGUGCAAAGACAAAUUUCUGAUUCAGAGCACAGUUGUCCCGUUUGGGACUACAGAAGAUGACAUUACGUCUGAUAUGUUUGCAAAAGACAAUGGAAAGUAUAUUGAGGAGAAGAAACUAAGGGUAAUCCUCAUCAGCCCACCAUCUUCUCCGGUGUUGCUUCCAGUAAAUGCUGAUAUGAAGCAUGAUCCAUCCAACGAAAUUAAUGUGCAAAAAGAUAGGGUGCCCAGUGGAGUUGAAAACAUACCUCCCCCUCGUAGAGUUUCUGAGGAAGUUAAAGGUUUGGAAACAGCACAGGAUACUAAGGAGGGUAGAGCUGAUGAGGAUAUUGUCCCAAGACAAGUUGAGAAUGUUGGUGACAUGAAGCCAGCAAAAGGUGAUGUGGAGUUGAAUUUAACUAACGAAUCUGAGGAAUCGAAGUCAAAGCUUAGUAUAAUGGAUUCGAAGCUAAGAGAGGCUGAGGUAACCAUCAGGACGCUGAAUGAAGAGAGGCGCAGGAACACUCAAGAAAAAGAUUUGCUUAAGAAAGAGUUGGAGGUGUUGAAGAGGAAAAUGAAUACGAAAGGAGUUCGGUCCGGCUUUCCAUUUUUGUUUGUUUGCAUGGUUGCUCUUAUCAGCGUGGCAGUUGGAUAUUAUAUUCAUCCAUAAGGGAGAAAACUGCGUGUAUAGAUAGCAGACGUUCCAAAAUCAUGGAUUUCUCCGUAGUGACUAGAGAGAGGAUGGUUCAAUGUUUAUUGUGAUGGUUUUACUCAGCAAAUGUUAAUGUGAUAUGGGAAACUGUGAAUUGCAUGUAAAGUGAACUAAGCCUUUUAAUAGAAGUAUAAUAAACAGCGUUCUGAUAUCUUGA